ACAACCUAUCAGUCGCAGCAAUGAAGCUUGCAUCUACGAAUGCACCAUCUAGUCCUCCUUCAAGACAAUGAGUGCACCAGCUGCCACCCAAGCCACCAAGAAACCGGAGCCAUGAAAGCUUGGAGCGCUGACCCAAAAGUCAUUUCAAAGGACCACGGCAAGCAGAUCAAAGGGAGAGGAGCUGCCGGAGCAACUGCAGCGGGCACAGAAGGCUUUGGACUGGUAGGAGGAGGAAGCGCAUCACGCUGCUUCGCAUCACCGGGCUGCGGGAAGGAGCAGCAGGAGCAGCAGGAGCAGCUGCCUUUGCCACAACUUCCUUCUGGAAGGCCUCCGGCGGUGGCUCCUGGAGCUGCUAUGCGUGAGAAGAGGCUUGCUCAAGCUGUUGGCAAGAAGCAUCAUCCACGGGCAAAGAUCAUGAAGCGGGUGCAAAAGGUGGACCCUUCCAUCACGAAGGGCACGCCUGCAACUUCAGUUCACCUGAUAUUCCAAGAUCAUUGGAACAAAUUGCAGGUCUCACUGGGCGCCACUGCUGCCACAAAAUCCAGCGCCAACGCGGUUUCUACCAAGAAACUUUUUGAUCUUCAGCUGACGGAAGAUUGAGCCACAACCACAGCUGAUGGGCAGGCCGCAGCAGGUUUCAGAAAGCAGCACAAAGUGAUCAAUACCACUACCAUCAAGCUCCGGUGUUGGUUACCGCAUCCAUUGUUUUUAAGUGAAAA